AUUUUAUUUUUGUUUUAUCAAUCUGCUUCUAUUGUCUGUUGACGUUAAAGCUGCAGGAAGUGUUCACGACUCUGAGCUAGCGGCUGGAGCGUGCUUUUAUUUUGCUAACUGUUGAUGCUUAACGCGGUAGCAGCAGAGUGAGAACUGCUGCUGGCUGCAGAUGACGGAUGCAUAAUUGUCGGUGCAGACACACAGCAACGUUGACUAAUUAAACUUCUUCCUCAAGUGUGGUGCGCAUGCGUGUGUGGGUGCCAUGAAGGUAAAGGUGAUCUCCAUCCUGGAAGACAACUACAUGUACCUGGUGAUCGAGGAGCAGAGCAAACUGGCCAUAGCUGUGGAUCCUGCAGUUCCUCACCGACUGCUAGAAAUAGUGAAGAGAGAAGGUUUGUCUCUGACUGCUGUCCUCACGACGCACCAUCACUGGGACCAUGCUCGGGGGAAUGAGGCGCUGCUGAAGGAGCUCCCAGGUCUGAAGGUGUUCGGUGGAGAUGAUCGGAUUGGAGGUCUGACGGAUAAAGUCACCAACGCUCAGGAGCUGAAGUUUAGCUCCAUCAAUGUGAGGUGCCUGUUUACUCCGUGCCAUACCUCUGGUCACAUGUGCUACUUUGUUUGGGAGGAUGAGUGCACUGACGCGCCCGCUGUGUUCACAGGGGACACGCUGUUCAUCGGUGGAUGCGGACGGUUUCUAGAGGGAACAGCAGAGCAGAUGUACCACAACCUGACCCAGGUGCUCGGCUCCUUACCGCAGGACACGAAGGUGUUCUGUGGACACGAGUACACCAUCAAGAACCUGAAGUUCGCCGUGCUGGUGGAGCCAGAGAAUGAAAAGGUUAAAGAGAUGCUGAGCUGGGCCAGGGCAAGAGAUGAUGACGACAAACCCACGGUGCCAUCCACCCUGAUGGAGGAGUUUGAAUACAACCCUUUUCUUCGCCUCUCGGAGGAAAGUGUGCAGAAGUUCACAGGGAAGACGGACCCGAUCGAGGUGCUGAGGGUCCUGCGGAAGGAGAAGGACAAAUUUAAGAAGCCCAAGGAGAGACUUCCUCCUCACGCCAUGCUGGCUCUGGAGUGGGGGCUGCUCCGACCCUGAGGUCCUGCUUCUAAUCACGGGACAGCUAGAAGGAGGAACUGGAGGUAAAUAACCGAAUGCAGCAAGACACCAGACUGUAGAUAGCGGUGUUUGCUGCUUUAACUCUUUAACUUUGACCCAUUUAAACUGCUGGGCGCCUGGUUGGUUGUGUUCUCGUUGUUAUAAAACCACGUCUGCACAAAAAGGCCAGUUUAUCGCUGCUUCCAUUAAAUGUUCCUACAAGGUCAUUAAAGGCCUCCCAGUCUCUUAUGCACAAACUAAUUGCACCAAGUAAAAUCUACUGAUACUCAUUUCCAGUAAAACUGAUGGGAGUGUAUGUAUUUAUUAAACUACUAGUUUUGGGAAAACUUAACAAUUUCUUUCUGAUUUAUUUGUAUUAUUCUGUUUUAUUUCCUUUCUAGAUGUAUAUUUGUCUUAUAGCCUUGGUAGUGCUCUCUUAUUUAACCUUUUGACUAAUUUCUGUAUAUUUAUAUAUUUACUGGUUGCUGUUUUUUUCUUACUUUUAAAACUUUGGAUCUAAUUUACCAUUAAGUCCAAUUGAAGUGAGUUCAGAUUGCACCUUGUAUUCUCAGACAGGUAUUCAAUAUGUUAACUGUACCACAACAGAAGGAAAAAAACAUGCAGUGUACAUUACUCUGAAUGUAAAUUGCUGCUUUUCAUUCCAAAGUUUACAUCCACAUCGUACAAGAGCCUAAAACUGUACACCAGAGUCAAGAUGAUUCAAUAAAACAUAUCAGUCUGAA